AUGCCCGGGGUGGCCGGCACGGCUCUCCGGGUGGCAGACACCCGCUCACAGCCCAGACCAGAGGGGAGCAACUCUGAAGCUCCCUACCAGGCUUUCAGCUGCAGCAUCUCCCCCUCCAGCAUGGCCCCAGCGGCCCAGCGAGCCGGUGCCGCCCUGCAGCGGAAGGAGUGGGGGGACACCACCUGCCCGCUGCUCUUCAUCCAGCUCAACCAGCUCCUCAGCACCCCAGCGGGGCUGGAGUGGAGAGAGACGGCCAGCUGGAGUGCGCCCCACGUCCCAGCCCUCCCCCUGCAGAGCCUCUUCCAGCUGAGGACGUGCCUGCAGAAGGGGACAAUGCUCCUGGAUCUGGAUGCCCCCAGUUUCAAGGAAAUAAUCGACAAGGCACUUUCCGGGCAGCCCGAGGAAGCAGAGCUGCAGACCGAGCUGAGGGAGCACCUGGCAGCCCUCCUGCUCCGCCAGCCACGGCACCAGCCCACCAAAUCCCCGCUGUGGCUCCUUGCCGAGCUCGGCCUCUCUCCCUGCCGAGGGAAAGCCAAAAGCUGGUCUGAGCUGGGAGCCCAGCUCUCCGAAACGCCUCUUAAGGAGCAGCUGAGAAACCGAUUUAAGAAGAAGGUCCCGCCAGGGGCUGAAGCAGCCCAUGUUGCCGUCGGUGAAGUUGAAUUCCUGGAGAAGCCCUUCACCGCCUUCAUCCGCCUCAGGCGAGGGGUGGCCCUCGGCUCGCUGGCCGAAGUUGCUCUCCCCAGCAGGUUCCUCUUCAUUCUGCUGGGUCCCCGAGCUGAAGUGAAAGCCUACCAUGAGGUUGGCAGGGCCAUGGCCACGCUGCUGACUGAUGAGCUCUUCCAAAGGGUUGCCCGACAGGCUGAGCACCGAGAGGACCUCAUCGCAGGGAUGGAGGCGUUCCUGGAUGAGCUGACUGUGCUUCCUCCCAGGAAAUGGGACCCCAGUGCCCGAAUUCCUCCACCGAGCUGUCUGCUGUCUCCGCACAGGAGGACCGCCAUGCACCCGCCGGAUCGGCAGUCCCACGGCAACGGGGACACGGCAGCAGCUGGGGACAGAGCCGGCCUGGGGCACCCGUGCUCCAGGGAGGAGCUGGAGAGGACGGGCAGGCUUUUUGGGGGGCUGCUGCGAGACAUCCGGAGGAAGGCGCCGUGGUACGGCAGCGACUUCUCCGACGCCCUGCACCCCCAGUGCCUCUCGGCAGUGCUCUACAUCUACCUGGCGACGGUCACCAAUGCCAUCACCUUCGGGGGCAUGCUGGGGGACGCGACCGCCAACAUGCAGGGCGUGCUGGAGAGCUUCCUGGGCACGGCCUUUGCUGGCUCCAUCUUCUGCCUCUUUUCCGGCCAGCCCCUGACCAUCCUGAGCAGCACCGGCCCCGUGCUGGUCUUCGAGCGCCUCCUCUUCUCCUUCAGCCAGGACCACAGCCUGGACUACCUGGAGUUUCGCCUCUGGAUUGGGCUCUGGGUGGCCUUUUUUGGCAUGGUCUUGGUGGCCACCGAGGCCAGCCACCUGGUGCGGUACUUCACCCGCUUCACCGAGGAAGGCUUCUGCGCCCUCAUCAGCUUGAUAUUCAUCUACGACUCCCUGAAGAAGAUGCUGAGCCUGGCAGACGCCUUUCCCAUCAACUGGCAGUACCGGCUGGACAACGUCACCUCCUACAGCUGCGUCUGUAACUUGUCCAGCCCCGGUCACAGCUCUGCACGGAACGACACGAUGCUCCCCUCGCCCCUGGUUCCCCAGCAGCCUGCUGCCGCCCCAGCUGGGCUGAGCAGGACCCAGUGCCUGGGUCGAGGUGGGCACCUCCUAGGGACCAGCUGCCAGUAUGUGCCCGAUGUCACCCUCGUCUCCUUCCUGCUCUUCGGGGGCACCUUCCUCUCCUGCACCGCGCUCAAGCGCCGCUACUUCCCUGCAGGGGUGCGGAAGCUGGUGAGCGACUUCGCCAUCAUCCUGGCCAUCCUCGGCUCCUGCGCCAUUGACGCCACCCUGGGUUUGGAGACCCCCAAGCUCCUCGUCCCCAGCGAGCUGAAGCCCACGAACCCAGCACGGGGCUGGAUUGUCUUCCCCUUUGGAGCCAACCCGUGGUGGGUCUGCCUGGUGUCAGCGGUGCCUGCCGUCCUUGUCACCAUCCUCAUUUUCAUGGACCAGCAGAUCACGGCCGUCAUCCUUAACCGCAGGGAGUACAAGCUGCAGAAAGGAGCAGGCUUUCACCUGGACCUCCUCUGUGUCUCCCUCCUGAUGGUCGUCACCUCCGCCACCGGCCUCCCCUGGUACGUCUCGGCUACUGUCAUCUCCCUGGCACACAUGGAGAGCCUGAGGAAGGAGAGCGCAACCUCGGCCCCCGGCGAGCACCCCGAGUUCCUGGGCAUCAGGGAGCAGAGGCUGACUGGCCUGGCUGUCUUCAUCCUGACGGGGGUCUCCGUCUUCAUGGCACCCGUUCUCAAGCACAUCCCGAUGCCGGUGCUGUACGGGGUCUUUCUGCACAUGGGGGUGGCAGCGCUGAACAGCAUCCAGCUCACAGACCGCGUGCGGCUACUCCUGAUGCCAGCCAAGCACCAGCCAGACCUUGCCUACCUCCGCCACGUGCCCCUGCGCCGCGUGCACCUCUUCACCGUCAUCCAGCUGCUGUGCCUGGCCCUGCUCUGGGUCCUCAAGUCCACCAUGGCUGCUAUUAUUUUCCCAGUGAUGAGGAGUUCGAAGGGGAGGGGGGCCCAGGCCACGGCAGGAGCCAAUCGGGCGGCGCCAGACGCCGUGCGUGGUGAGCGAUGUGCCUUUGGACCAAUCGGAAUCCGCGACUCCCGGAUUCGCUUUGACCGACGGCCCGCUCGCCCCAUCGACGCCCGCAGUUCUGGCAAGGCACAUGACUGA